AUGGCAGCACUAGACUUUGUGGAUUAUUGGCAGACGGCAGAUGUUGGCAGGUUCAGGUCUGGCGACUUCCAGGAGCGCUUCCGCGAGCUACAGGCCAAGUUUCCGGAUGGGGGCGCCACCUUCUACGUGGAAAGAAGGAAGCUGGUCCUUUCAGUGCAGACCAAGGUCAUUCCGAAGUACGGCUUUGCCGCGGACUUGAGUGGCGUCUUCGACAUGGUCCGCCUCCUUGGCACCCUCCCCGACGAGGAGAACGAGAUUGGCAGGAGGGGAUGGGAGAUCGAAAGGCUCAUUGGUGAGCGGGAGACGAGCCAUGAGAAUGCACAGGCCAAGGAUGUUGAUGCCGGCAUAGACACGGAAGCUUCUGACGAGGUUCUCGAUGUUCAGCCGGCAGCUGACACCGACGCCGAGAACAGCGCAAGAGGGGAAAAUCAGUUUAUGAAUGCGCUGGAUGAGAUGGAGGACGAGGGAAUGACGAGCGAGCAGGCGUUGCCAGUAUGCCGCACUGCAGAGGGCGUGCAGGCAGAAAGUGAUGGCCACGAUAGCUUCGCUUCAGAGAAACAAGCUGUCCAGGAAGCGGUUGUCAAGUUGCCGGCAGGAGAAUCUGCUACAGUCGAGGCAGGGAAGACUACACAGUCCGAGCCUGACGUGGCGGAGAAUCCUAGCUUGCACGAGCUCCCACCAGCUAGUGGAGGCCAGGAAGCGGAGCAGACAGCAAUGCCUUCCACCACAGACUACGCAGCUGAUGUUGAACUCGUGGUUGGAGAAGCUUCUGCAGUUCAGGGGGAAGACACGAUCACUGCACAGGCUGCAACUACGAGUAUGGCAGAGGCCGUGGCAGAGGAUCCCAGCUUGGACCAGCAGACUGCCGCGCCUGAGACAGCAGCACACGCCGACGCAGACGACGCAGCUGAUGCUGAACUCGUGGUUGGAGAAGCUUCUGCAGUUCAGGGGGAAGACACGAUCACUGCACAGGCUGCAACUACGAGUAUGGCAGAGGCCGUGGCAGAGGAUCCCAGCUUGGACCAGCAGACUGCCGCGCCUGAGACAGCAGCACACGCCGACGCAGACGACGCAGCUGAUGCUGAACUCGUGGUUGGAGAAGCUUCUGCAGUUCAGGGGGAAGACACGAUCACUGCACAGGCUGCAACUACGAGUAUGGCAGAGGCCGUGGCAGAGGAUCCCAGCUUGGACCAGCAGACUGCCGCGCCUGAGACAGCAGCACACGCCGACGCAGACGACGCAGCUGAUGCUGAACUCGUGGUUGGAGAAGCUUCUGCAGUUCAGGGGGAAGACACGAUCACUGCACAGGCUGCAACUACGAGUAUGGCAGAGGCCGUGGCAGAGGAUCCCAGCUUGGACCAGCAGACUGCCGCGCCUGAGACAGCAACACACUCCGCCACAGACGACGCAGCUGAUGCUGAACUCGUGGUUGGAGAAGCUUCUGCAGUUCAGGGGGAAGACACGAUCACUGCACAGGCUGAAACUACGAGUAUGGCAGAGGCCGUGGCAGAGGAUCCCAGCUUGGACCAGCAGACUGCCGCGCCUGAGACAACAACACACUCCGCCACAGACGACGCAGCUGAUGCUGAACUCGUGGUUGGAGAAGCUUCUGCAGUUCAGGGGGAAGACACGCACGCUGAGCAGGCUGAAACUAGAACUGAAACUGUGGCAGAGGGUUCCAGCUUUCCCGUAUCGUCCGGUGGCCAAGAAACAACAGACGGAGCAGCGCACCGCCACCCUCUCAAAGAUGGUGCAGCUGAUGCUGGAUCUUUUGCUGGAAAAUGUACCGUGGGCUCCAACGAGGAUACCUUCGGAACAACAGUGGUGAAAGCAUCAUCCAACGGUGUACACGAGGAGUUGCAAGAUUCCACCAGCCAAAGGGAUUCGGUCGUGAGCUCUAUGGCUGUGAAUGUACAACCUGAUGCCAGCCGACGUCAUUUGGAGGCCUCUGAGGCUUCGCCGGGGCAGAAGGUGAGCUCUGCACCCGUUGAAGAGCGAAGGGAGCUGGAAGUGGAUGACGUGGCUGGUAUUCCGGAGGACGAGGAGGGUCAAGAAGAGAGUGAGGAAGAAGAGGAACAGGAGGAAGAGGAAGAAGAGGAGCUUGACGAAGAUUGGGACGAGGCGGCUCGCAUCGUGGACGAAACCUCUGCGCAGAUUCAGGAGGUCUUGGCCGCGACUCGCACUGCCUCCAAGAAGGAGAAGCCCGCUCUGCUAGCUCGAAAGCGUGAGCUGGAGACCGGUGCCGAAUAUUUGGAUGCUUUGGCAUACCUGGAGGAUCCCGUCGGCGAGCGACGACGACGGCAAGAGGCUGAUGCUGAGGCAUCUCGCAUAGUUGACGAAGUUGCAGGCAAGAUCGCAGAGGUCCUCAUAUCCAUGAGGACAGCCUCGAAAAAGGACAAGCCUGCGCUACUUGCACAAAAGCGAGAACUGGAAAAUCGUCCGGAGUAUUUAAAUGCCCUCCAGUACUUGGAGGAUCCCGCCAAAGAGCGACAGUGCCGAAGGCAAAGCGCGCAGUAG